AUGAGUGCUGAUGAAUAUAAACAACAGGGUAACGCUGCGUUUGCUGCCAAGGAUUACGAAAAGGCAGUAGAGCUCUUCUCAAAGGGUAUUGAGGUCUCUGAACCGGCAAAUCAUGUUUUGUAUUCCAACAGAUCAGCUUGUUUUGCGUCGAUGAAAAAGUUCGCUGAAGCUCUAAAGGAUGCGGAAGAAUGUGUUAAGAUCAAUCCAAGUUGGUCCAAAGGUUACAAUAGAGUUGGAGCCGCACGGUUUGGUCUUGGUAACUUGGACGAAGCAGAAAAGAGUUUUGAGAGAGCGCUCGAGUUGGAUUCAAGUAACAAGGCAGCAAAGGAUGGACUACAGCAAGUACAGCAGGCAAAAUCUCCCAAGCAGCAGAUGCCUGAUUUGGGGCUAGGCCAGAUGUUCAGCGAUCCAAACAUGAUUGAGAAGUUGAAGGCUAAUCCUAAAACUGCAGAUAUGAUGAAGGAUCCGCAGUUGGUUGCCAAAGUCACGCAGUUGAAAAAUAAUCCGCAAGCAUUGAGCCAGGACCUGUUUAGCGAUCCAAGAUUAAUGACUAUCAUGGCUACAUUGAUGGGUAUUGAUUUGAACAUGAACCCUGGUGAAGAACCAAAAAAAGAGGAGCCUAAGAAGGAAGAAGUACAGAAGGAAGCAGCAAAGGAGAGCGAACCAAAGCAAGAGGAAACCUCGAAGGAAUCAGAACUAGAACCGGAGGCAAUGGAAGUGGAUGAUAAAGGAACACAAGUCGAAGCGGAAGAGGCGAAAUCUGAAGGUAACAAAUUGUACAAGGCACGUAAAUUUGACGAGGCUAUCGAACAGUAUCAAAGAGCUUGGGAUUUGCACAAAGAUAUUACCUACUUGAAUAACAGAGCCGCUGCUGAAUACGAAAAGGGCGACUAUGAAACUGCUAUAGCCACUUUGAAUACGGCUGUUGAGCAAGGAAGAGAAUCAAGGGCAGACUAUAAAGUUAUUGCAAAAUCUUUUGCACGUAUUGGUAACGCCUACCACAAAAUGAAUGACUUUAAAAAAUCAAUAGAUUAUUACCAGAAAUCGCUUACGGAAUUCAGAAAUGCGGAUGUUUUGACCAAAUUAAGAAAUACGGAAAAGGAACUUAAGAAACAAGAAGCAGAAGCAUAUAUUGAUCCAGAAAAGGCAGAAGAGGCCCGUUUGGAAGGUAGAGACUUUUUCACGAAAGCCGAUUGGCCUAAUGCUGUUAAAGCAUACACUGAAAUGAUUAAGAGAGCCCCAGAAGACGCAAGAGGUUAUUCCAACAGGGCCGCUGCAUUAGCCAAACUUAUGUCAUUUCCUGAAGCAAUUGCUGAUUGUGACAGAGCAAUACAAAAAGAUCCAAAUUUUAUUAAAGCUUACAUCAGAAAGGCUUCUGCUCAAAUUGCUGUCAAGGAAUAUGCUGCAGCCAUAGAAACUUUGGAAGAAGCGCGUGGGAAGGACAAGGAAUUGUAUAAUGGUGCUAAUUCAAAAGAAAUAGAACAAUUAUAUUACAAAGCAAAUUCUCAAAGGUUCCAGCCGAGCGAUGCAAACGAAAGUCCAGAAGAGACCUAUCAAAGAGCAAUGAAGGACCCGGAAGUUGCAAAGAUCAUGCAAGAUCCUGUAAUGCAAAGUAUUUUACAGCAAGCUCAACAAAACCCCGCAGCUCUUCAAGAACAUAUGCAAAAUCCAGAUGUCUUCAAGAAAAUUCAAACUUUGAUCGCUGCUGGCAUCAUCCGCACAGGUCGCUAG